AUGGGCUGGGGGCCGCUGGUUGCGGCGAUCCUGCUGUGCCUGUCGUCGUCCACCAGAGCGCAAACAGUGGAAUGCACAGUCACAGAGCUUGACGGCUCCACCAGCACCUUGCGCCCCGGCCCGUUUGUGCCCCCGGCGGGGGCUGCCUCCGCUGCCGCCCCUGCGCCGCGGGGCGCCUGCCCCAACCCUCUGGCCGUGCCCGCCGCAUCCAAGGCGCCCUUCUUCUUGGGCUCAGCCACCGCCGCCUACCAAGUGGAGGGCGCCGCCGCCGAGGGCGGGCGCGGGCCCAGCAUAUGGGACACCUUCUCACACCUGCCGGGCAAGACGCACGAAGGCGACACAGGCGACCGCGCCGACGACUUCUACCACCGCUGGGCCAACGACAUUGCGCUGAUGCGCAGCCUGGGCCUGCGCAACUUCCGCCUCAGCCUCUCCUGGACCCGCCUCUUCCCAAACGGCACCGUCGGCGACCUCAACCCGGAGGGCGUGGCGUUUUACGACGGCCUGUUCGACGCGCUGCGGGCGGCGUGCAUCGAGCCGUGGGUCACGCUGUACCACUGGGACCUGCCGCAGGCGCUGCAGGACGAGUACGGGGGCUGGGUGGACGAGCGCAUCGUGGAGGACUUUGCCGCCUAUGCGCAGGCCGCAUUCGACCUGUUUGGCGACCGUGUGAAGUACUGGUUCACGCUGAAUGAGCCGGAAACGUUCUGCCCGCUGGGCUACGAGACAGGCACCUUUGCCCCCGGGCGCUGCUCCGACCGCACCCGGUGCCUGGAGGGCAACAGCAGCACCGAGCCGCACCUGUGUGCCUACCAUGCCGUGCUGGCGCAUGCGGCGGCCGUCAGCGCCUUCAGGCAAGGUUUUUGCCGCAGCUGCGGGCAGGCGUGCUCGCUUGAGGCGUGUUCGCUUGAGUGUGCAGGGGAGUCUGUGCCUGGAGGCCAGAUCGGGAUGACCAACGCGAUUGGCUGGGCAGCACCCUACACGGGCAGCGCCGAGGACGUGGCGGCGGCGGAGCGGCAGCAGUCCUUCACCGGAGCCUGGUUCCUGGACCCCCUGUACCGCGGCGACUGGCCCGCCGAGCGCAAGGCCGUGUACGGGGACCUGCUGCCCUCCUUCACUCCCGAGCAGCGCCGGUUCAUCCUGGACAACCCGCAAGACUUCAUCGCCCUGCAGCACUACACCGGCAACUAUGUGUACCAGAACGCCACCAACCCGCCCCUGCUCCUCAGCAGCACCACCAAGAGCUCAGACGGCUACCAGCUGCCGCAGGCAGACAGUCCCUGGCUGUUUGUCUUCCCAAAGGCGCUGAGGUCGCUGCUGGGGUGGCUCCACCGCCGCUACGGGGCUCCCAUCAUCAUUACUGAGAACGGAGUCAGCGCCCCAGGGGAGGCCAGCAAGCCGGUGCUGGAGGUGCUGUGCGACCAGUUCCGGCUCAGCUACUUCCAGCAGUACAUCUCCAACGCCACGGCCGCCAAGCGUGACGACGGCGUGGACCUGCGGGGAUACUUUGCUUGGUCCCUGCUGGAUAACUUCGAGUGGGCCGACGGCUACAGCAAGCGCUUCGGCAUCACCUAUGUCGACUUUGACAGCCUGGCGCGAUACUACAAGGCUUCCGCCAUGUGGCUGUCCUCCUGGUUCGGCAUGGGUGCCGUCACGUCCGCGGCCGGCGCCUGA